UUCAAGUAUCAAAUAUGGCUAGAAAAAGGCUCAGAGAUGCUAGGAACUACAGCGAAAAUGUGAGAAACUCCAUCUUAGAUCGAAGAGAAACAAGUUUGUUCAAGAAAGCCGAAGAGCUUUCUAUCUUGUGUGACAUAGAAGUCGCCAUAAUUAUUUUUAGGCCAGGAAAAAUCCAACCCAUUGCUUGGAAAUCUGCAAGUCUGGCUCAGGAUGUCUUGACGAGGUAUUUAAGUUUUAUUGAGUUCAAAAGGCUUGAAAAGUUGGUCACACAUGAAGAAUAUCUUCAAAAGAAAGUUGAUAAAAAAGAAGAACAAAUUAGCAAAUUAGAGAAACUGAAUGAGGCGAAAGAAAUGGAAAUCCUCUUCAACCAACUAGUGGAGGGAAAAAGUAUUAAUGAACUUGAUGCUAGAGAAAUGAAAGGUUUGCUAAAGGUGUUUGCUGCAAAAAUGACUAAACUUGAUGAAAGAAAGAAAGAACUAAACCAGCCUCCAAAUCCUCCAUCCAACAAAGAAAACAUUAUCUUAUCUGCAAGUCCAAUGGAAGAGUCAUUCAAUAACCCGGGGUUUAUUGAUACUAUAGCUACAUUAGGGGAUGGAAGCGAUAUAGAGCCUGCACCUAAAGAAGGCAAUGCCGUCAAUGUUGAAGAUGAUGGACAUUACAAGGACCUCGAUUGAGAAUGUAAUAAUUAUAAUGUUCUAUCAUUGUUUCUGCAUGUUCUCUUUUCAUAGUGUGUGUCUUAAUUUGUUGCAUUUUUCUUUUCAGUUCAUGUUAUUGUGCUUUUUAU